AUGGCCUUCAGUGAUUUAUGUCAAAUAAGUAAUGCGUUCAAAGCCGUCGAAAAUGAAGUUGAUCAGUCGGACCGUAUUAUGGAAGAAAACUCCUUGGUUCGGGAUCUCAUCGCCAAGAUCCUCGAUGAGACAGAGGGGAAUAGCUGCGUUCCCUCACCAGACAAACCUACCAGCAGCUUACCAACAAAUAUAAGUCAGUUUCCAAAAACUGAUAAUGGAACAUAUCUAGAAACACCUUACAACUACAAUAACAAUCUUUAUAACUUCAAUCAGAAUGAUAACGGUCUUUUUAAUAUUCAGAAUGGCUUUAAUUCCAACGGUUUUGUCAAUUAUUCUGACAACGAGGUUAAUUCAUUGCUAGGAGUUGAUCCGAUAACAGAUACGGAUUCCGUUACUCCCGAGCAGUUGAAUCUAUUAAGACUGGCUGCUCAGGAAAUAGGCGGGGCUCAAUUCACCAGCCCAAACAAAUAUGACGAGAAAUUUUACAAUUUCUUCGAGCCAAACCAAAGAAAUUCGCUCCCAGACUCAAAUGUGUUCACAAGUAAUUACAACAGACCUAACAGCCUGAGUCUAGAUUUGAAUUACAACAGUAACAGUAAUUUUGAGUCACCAUUCAAUGCUCAGAGAUUCCCUAGCAACGGUUUCAAAGACCAGCAAGACUCAGCAACAGAUUUGCUCAGUUACCUCAACCAGAUGAGCAUAUCCAACGAUAGACCUAGAGAAGAAAUAAUGCUUAACGAUUUUAAAAUUCCCGACGCAAACAGCUCUUUCCAAAGCGACGAAUACAAAAUGCAAGAAGACAGGAACAAAAUGUUCUACAACAGAAACUUUCAAACACCGAAUAAGAAUUACAACAGCGAUUUCUUCUUAAACGAUGUGGCUAUGCCGGAUAGAAAUAUGAAUCAGAACUACGAUUUCUCGAACCAAUCCGUGUCUAAUAUGGGCUUCAAGUCGAACGGGUUUCAUCCACAGAACGAUUUCGUCAGGCGAGAAAUAAGUCAGAUGUUGCCUCGAGAGAGUUACCAAGGUAAUGGUAAUAGUGAAAGGGUGAAUUUCGAUAGAGAGAAUGCUCAACAGAAUCUAUUGAGACAGCAGGAAAUAGCGAGACAAAUGAAUAUUAUUAUGAGGAAUAGACCACCGCCGAAUCCUUUGAAUGUGGACGUGUCUUUCAUACACGAACCGCCGUUUAAUCUUGGUAUAGGAACGCUACUCGGCCCUUCACCGCCCGUCGCACCUCCAGUAUUACAAUCCCCACUCCUUGAUAUGCCGCUACUAGCGCCGUUCUACGCCAUGAGAAACAUCAGGAACACAGCGCCAUCAUCGAGUAUACUCCACGCUAGAUUGGACGCGUGCUAUGAACAGUGGCGCCAAUUGGAAAGGGAGCGUAAACGUACUGAGGCUCGUUUGGCGCUAGCGUAUCCCGGGCGUGCGGUUUCAUCGUCUAAUUCUAUACCCGUGCCUCGUUUACCGCCCUGUCCUACAAGAGUGGAUAGAUUGACUGUCGAUAUGCUGCGAGAACAUACUAAAGUAUUAACGCUGAUGGGUAAAAUGGAGACGCUUCGUGCUAGUGUUUGUGUGGCUCAGAACAAACGACCAAAUAAACCGGACGAAAAUAAGAUAACCGUGUUGAAGAGAGGUCAAGAUAACGUUACGGAUAAAGAGGAGAACUUUGAUCCGGCUACUUGGCGGGAUGAUGUACGGAACCUGUCGGAAAUUGCACCUCACAGUGAAGUUGAAAGCGCGAUGCUGGCUUGGCGUAACGCUGUAGCUGCUGUACAAGCGGCUAGACGCAGAGAAGUGAACAUAGCACACCUUAGAUACCCACGGAACGACAGGGAAAGAGAUCCUAUUCUCCAAUUAUCCGACGCUGUGAAGCAGCUAUGUGUGUGCGCAAGACGAGCUCGAUGUGCUAUGUGGUGUGAUCUCACACUCACUGUGGCAUUGGCGCCUAACUCCGCACUGCAAAGCGAACAUUCACCUACAACACCGGUACCUUCAAAAUCAUCACAGGAAACUCCAACGACAUCCACCUCGAGUAAACCAGUUAAUAAUGAACAGAGUGAGGAUAAACAAGAAACUCAGCCCACCGACGAAAAAGACGAUAAGAACAAAACAAAUGACAAAGAUAAGAACGUACGUCGCACACAAAACUAUAGGAAACUGAAUCACAGGAACGAUUUCUAUAAGAACCAAAGGUACGACAAUAGAUUCGUUAACAAACAUCCCUAUCACUACCUGGCUGGAUCGAUUAAUUAA